AUGAGGGUUUCGCUGUAUCAAGACCUGCUCGAAAAAAGCGUGAACGGCAAGCUCUCAAGGGAUAUUGUUCGUUCGGUCUGCACAACGUACGGUGUGCAUCAUUCGACGGGGCGGCGCAUCUUCCAGCGAGGCAAGGCCACCAAGACGUCUGGUGGGAUAGCGGACGUGACCGCACGCUUGAAGGGCAAGACAGGCCGACCAACAAAGUUCGCUCCUGAAGACAUCGAGCAACGAAUCAAGAACGUACCGCUACACAAGCGUCAAACGUACCGAUCCCUUGCCGCUGCUACUGGGUUGUCUGUGUACCUGCUGUGGACGUUUGUCAAGAGAAAGUGGAUGACAAGGCAAUCAAGUUGGACAAGGCCGUGUCUCAAACCAAAGCAAAAAGAAGCACGCCGGGAAUUUUGCUUGCAAUUCAGAACUCAGCCGCCCAAGGACGUCAUCAGUGACAUGCAAGACGUGGUUCACUUGGACGAAAAGUGGUUCUACAUGACCAAGUUGCGACGGCGCUUUCUUGUGUGGCAUGACGAGAACAUCAUACCCCGGCACCUGCAGUCCAAGUCGCAUAUCACCAAGGUCAUGUUUCUGGUCGCAGUGGCUCGCCCCAGACAAGGGUGGGAUGGCAAAGUGGGCUGUUGGGAAAUCGUGGAGCGAAAACCUGCAACAAGAAACAGCGUCAACCGACCAGCGGGGACUGAAGUUUUGACAAGCAUCACCGUCACCAGAGACGUUUACCGCGACCCGUUUGUGCGCAAAGUGCUGCCCGCGUUGAAGUCAAGUUGGCGCUGGCCAAGCGGCGUUGAACGGGAACAGUGUUCUUUCAACAAGACAAUGCGCGUCCGCACAUUGCACCAGAAGACCCAGCGUUUGUCCGUGCAGCGUCAGAAGGAGGUUGGGACAUUCAGAUACGAAACCAACCACCACAAUCGCCUGACCUAA